AUGCCCCAAGAUCACCAAGACCCACCCCAAAACCACCCCCAACCCCCCGACCUCGACCACGACCUCGACGCCCUCGUCGUCGGCACCGGCUUCGCCGGCAUCUACGCCCUGCACACCCUUACCCAAGACGGGCUGCGCGUGCAGGCGAUCGACCAGGCCCGCGACGUGGGCGGCACCUGGUACUGGAACCGGUACCCGGGGGCGCUCAGCGACACCUGGAGCUAUCUGUACCGAUACAGCUUCGACGACGAGCUGCUGCGCGACUACCCGGCGGCCAACCGGUACUCGACGCAGCCGGAGAUCCUGGAUUACCUGCGGCAUGUGGUGGCGCGGUACGAUCUGCGGCGCCACAUGCGGUUCGAGACGGUGAUGGAGGGGGCGGCGUGGGAUGAUGGGGCCAAAAGGUGGAGGGAGGAGGAGGAGGUGCAGUACACUUACACGGUCCGCUACCUGGUGACCGCGCUGGGGCUGCUGAACGAGCCCGUCAUCCCGAACAUCCCCGGCCUGAAGGAGGGUGUCUUCCAAGGCGAGGUGGUGCACACCGCGGCCUGGGAUCCCAAGGCUUCGCUAGCGGGCAAACGCGUGGGCGUGAUCGGCGUCGGCUCGUCCGGGGUGCAAGUCGUGACGGCCAUCGCCAGCCAGGUCAAAUCGCUGCACGUCUUCAUCCGGCGCCCGCAGUACAGCGUGCCGGCCAACGACCGGCCGCUGACCCCGACCGAGCGCGCCGCCAUCAACGCGUCCUACCCGGCGCUGUGGGCCGACGUGCGCGCCUCGCACAUCGGGAUGGGGUUCCCCGAAUCGUCCCGCAAAUUCAUGGCCGUGAGCCCGGCGGACCGCGCCCGGAUCCUCGAGACCCUGUGGCGCGAGGGCAACGGGCUGCAGUUCAUGUUCGGCGGGUUCAGCGACCUGACCACCGACCCGGCGGCCAACGAGGAGGUGUGCCGGUUCCUGCGCCGCAAGAUCGCCGAGGUCGUCACGGACCCGCGGAAGGCCCAGGUGCUGACACCCAAAGAGCCGUACGCGCGCCGCCCGCUCAGCGACGCGGGCUACUACGAGCAGUUCAACCGGGACCACGUCCAUGCGGUGGACGUGAGGGCGCAUCCGAUCACGGAGGUCGUGGCGCAGGGGCUCCGCACGGCGGACGGGACGCUCUACGAGCUGGACACCCUCAUCGUGGCGACGGGGUUCGAUGCGCUGGACGGCAGCUACGCGCGCGUGCAGAUCCAGGGCCGAAACCCCGCGGAGGCCCUGGCCCAGCGGUGGCGCCGCACCGGGUCCGCGUGCUAUCUCGGCUGCGCCGUGUCCGGGUUCCCGAACCUGCUGAUUGUGUCGGGCCCCAUGGCCGCGUUCUCGAACGUGCCGCCGCUCACCGAGACGAAUGUCGAGUUCCUGCGGGACUUGAUCCGCGGCGCCGAGGCGAUCACGCGGCGCACCGGCACACAGUGCGAGAUCGAGGCGACGCCGGCCGCCGAGCGGUGGUGGACCGAGCAUUGCGAUGUCACCGCGCGCAAGACGCUCUUCGCGCAGGCGCCCUCGUGGAUGUUCGGCGGCAAUGUCGCCGGGAAGCGCCCGGUCAGUCUGCUGUAUUUCGGCGGGUUGGGCCCGUUUCGCGCCAAGUUGGCGGAGAUCAAGGCGCAGGGGUGGGUAGGGUUUAAGGAGCCGUUGGGGACGGCGGGGGUGUUGCGUUCGCAUCUUUAG